GCAAGCAGAAGUCACGCAUUUCAUGUGUUGUGAAGCAAUGGUGAGGUUCAGAAAUACAAGCUGUCUAUGAAGAUAUGAGUUUUGAUCUCUGCAAAAUGGACAAUAGUGAAAACUAUCACUUUCCAACAGACACAGAGGAUGAUAUUUAUGUGAAUACAGAAGACUGUCGCUCAGAGCUGAAAAAAUCAGAUAUCUCUGACCGCACUGAGCUGAAAGACAAGAAGAAACCAGGAAAGAUCUUCAGAUCUGCUUUUGGUCUCCUCCUAAUACUUGGUGUUUUAUUAACACUCUGUGUUGUAGGGAUCCUUUAUCACAACAAAGUGGUUUCUUAUGAGAUAUUAAGUGAGCAGUAUUCUAAUGUUAGUGAAACAUUGAUGACGCAGGAACAUGAAGUCAAGGAGAUAAAAAAACUGUAUAAAGCACUGAAGGUGGAGCAUCAGCAAGCUCAGGAGGAUCUCGCUGCAUGCAGUGAGACAGAGAAACUGAUUGGGAUUCUGAAGGCAACAUACCAGCAAGCUCAUGAACGUCUGUCUGCAUGCAAUGGAAAACAAAACUGUACAGUUUGUGAGGAAGGAUGGAAUUCUCUUGGUUUAAAGUGUUACUACUUCUCCACUCAUACACUGAACUGGACACAGAGUCGAGAUUACUGUGUGGAGAAAGGAGGCCACAUGGUGAUUAUAACCAGCCAAACUGAACAGGGCUUUUUAUUCUCACAAAUUAAAAAAACACACUGGAUUGGCUUGAAUGACUUGGAGACUGAGGGUCAGUGGAUGUGGGUGAACAACCAGCCCUUAAAUAAGACGGGUGUAACGUUCUGGUUUAGUUCUCCAGGGGGAGCAAAUGAGCCUGAUAACUGGACAAAGAUGGACCCUUCUGGAGAGAAUUGUGCUGCUCUGGGGGAUGCAAAUGGUAACUUACAUAAAUGGUUUGAUGCUUCUUGUAGUACAAUGAAAAAGUACAUCUGUGAAAAGUAAAAGACUUUUCUCUUACAUUUGAGUCUGCAAAUACUUGUUUUUAUGAAUGGAGGAUGAUUCUUGGUUGUUGACUAUAAAUAUUUGAUAUUAAAAAACAGCUAACAUGAAGUUUACCUAUUCACUGUAUAUAUUUUCAAACUCCAUAAAGUUUCACUUUUCUGCCACAGUGAAAAAUAUUGUAUUUUUUAGCUUGUCUUAACCACUAGAACAUCAGUAGAUCAUGUUUGUGGAUUUUCUCCUUCUGUUUGUGGAAAUCUUUUAAAUUGUACUGUAGGGAUGAACAUGUGUCUAUUUUAUGAAUGAAGUGUGUCCAGAUUAUGUUAGCUGAAGCUAGAUGUAACCUUAAGUUGCUUUGAAUAAAGAAAUUUAAGAAUUAAUAAAAUUACAUGACUUGGAAAAAA